GUGGUGGUCUGAACUGGAAAUGGUUAAGAAGAUCAUUGGGGCUUAUGAGGCUAAUGCGUUAAAUGCCAUGAUAAGAGAGGUGAACUGGAGUGAGGAGAUCUUGUGGUCGGAGAUUCUUAUUCUGAAGUCGUAUGUAGCUAUCUUCACAGUGUUUGCUCAGUCAUCAGAUUUCCUCGGUUCUGAGAAGAAUACCACCAUCGCUCUGGUCUACCCUAUCAUCAAUGUUCUUAGGAAAACUCUGGCCAAGCAAGACCAUGCUGUAAAGCAGUUCCCCACAAAUCUUGAUAAACUCCUCAUGGAUAGAUUCAAGAGCGUGAUUCAUCUGGAGCUGUCGGACAAACUUUAUGUUGCUGCAACAUUUCUCCAUCCAGUCUAUCACUUGACCUUGUCAAAUGAAGUCAAAUCUAGAGCUAAACUUCACAUCAAGAGCAUUUGUCUAGAAUCGAUAUCGUCAGAGAAUCAGGAUGUGAUCUCAACAGUUGUAUCUGUAGCUGAAUCUGGAGAGGAAUGCAAUGAUUGCAUGACUGAAUAUUUGAAUGAAAUGGUGGUAGUGGAGGAGGAUGGAGAUCCGUUUUCUUGAGAUGUAAAGAUAAUGGAGGGGAAGUUUAAAGAGAUUAUUGUUAGGGUACGAGCUCAAAACCUUCUGAAGAUCUACGACCCUCUAGAGUAUUGGAAAACUGCGGGAACAGAGUACCAAACUAAUCUCCCACUUGUUGCCCAAGAUCUCCUCUGCAUCCCCGCAACUUCAACUUCCUGUGAAAGGGUUUUUUCACAA